CCGACAUUUCUUACAUCGUGGUGCGUGGUAGGCGUAGGGGUACUUGUACAGUGUCAACGACAAGAAAUUAUUGUAAUCAACAUGGAGACGUAUUCUAUUCGUCCCCUUUCAAAAGAAUUAAACGAUAAGGCUGCGCAGGAAAUAAAUGAAGAUCCUAAAAGGGUGCAAGAAACUUUGAAGAUGUUUCACGAAUGGAUAAGGAAGCAACCGCACUUAAAUGUUAGGAAUGAUGACCAACACCUAAUAACGUUUCUACGUGGCUGUAAAUGGAGUCUUCAACUAACAAAGCAAAAGAUUGAUUAUUUCUACACCCUAAGAACAUUAGUUCCAGAUCUUUUUCGAGGUAGAGAUUCUACGUCACAGGAAAUUCAACUUCUACUGAAAUCCGAGUGUAUAACUCUGCUUCCAAACGAAAAAGGUUACAUUGGUCCUAAAACAUUUUUCAUGUCUUUUAAUACAAAUGUACCAUUCCUUGCUUUAAUGAAAGCCAUUUUUAUGAGUAUUGAAAUAUUAAUGAAAGAAGAUGAUAAUUCUAUUAUUUCUGGAUUUCAAAUAAUAUCCGAUUACCAAGCACUUACUCCAGGAUACAUGCUGCAAUUUACACCCGCAUUGGUAAAAAAAUGUGUAAUAUGCAUUGAGAAUAUGUCCCCAUUGAGAAUGAAAGGACAGAUUGGCAUAAAUGUUCCCAAAGGCUUGGUAGUAAUAUAUCAUAACUUCGCAAGGCCUUUUUUUAGUGACAAACUCAAGGAAAGGAUUAAUUUUUUAACUGAAUCCAACUGGAAGGAAAAUGUGAGCAGAGAUAUACAGUCAGUCUUACCACAAGAAUACGGAGGCGAUAAUCCGCCUCUAAAUUAUAUUGCCGACAAAUGGGCACAGAAGGUGAUGAGUUAUAGGGAUUGGUUUCUAGAAGAUGACGCGUACGGAUGCGAUGAAAGCCGUCGGCCCUUGGUCACUAAAGCUUAUCAAGAAUUAGGAAUAGAAGGAUCAUUUCGAAAAUUAGUGAUCGAUUAAAUAUUUUAUUCCUUGGGGUGGUUAGUUAUUUCUAAAGUAAAUCUAUUAAAUAUCUCCGCCAAGAGGGUGAUUGUGAACCGUGAGAAGUGUUUUAAUACACGUCUAGAAAGUGGGUGGCCACCGCAUCUCACAUCGCACUUGGCAUUGUAUCAUAGCAUCCAUCUACGAAGACCUAGUCGUAUAUCAACAAAAAAUUAAAAUCUACUAACAUUUUCAUAUUAAAAGUACCUAUACACCAAUAUACAGGAACCGGCAGUUAAGAAGGCGAGAGCAAUUUAUAGUCUUCAGGAGGAACAGGUGAUUCACCAAUAGACGAAUGUGAAUAGUGGGGAUGUAUCAUCUCCCACCUUCUCACCUGCCGGUUCCUGUACAGCA